UCCCACCCACGGGGUCCCCGCUCCGCCCUCUCCCACACACCAGCGGUGCCUGCGCGCCUAAGCAACUCGCCCGCGGGCUGCUGAUGUGGUUUGGUUUUGUUCUUCUUGUAGCCCCCCUACCCACCCACCCACCUAAGUCUCGUCGAUAACUUAACCGAAAUAAAUCGCUCGUUCUCCCGCAGUAGGCGGUGGCAGUGACGACCUCGCCCCCCACCCCCCCUUGUGAAAGGGUGAAGCCUCGGGACACGAAGGCGGGCGGGCUGGCUGGGUAGUCGCGGUGGUGGUGGGUGGGUGGUGAUCGCGCGUUUUCUCAUUCGAUUCGUUGAUAGCGAGAGCGAGACGAGUGAUUCAAAUGGGAAUUUGAAUAGCGAACCGCCCGCCCUGGGGCCCCCAUUGUGCACCUAACGGUGCCGCAGCCGCCGUCCGCGCCGGCGAGUUCGGGGUGGGAGACGCGGGGCGCGCGGGGUCGAGAGCCUCCGUCCGAUGGUGGUUUAAGAUGUGCUGGUGAAGAUGACGGCGGCGACGACGGCGGCGGCGGUGGUGGUGGUGAGGAGGAGCGAUAUUUGGUAGUUCGUUGUUGGGAGAGAAGAGGAAGAGAGACGGGGAAAAGGGAGCGAUGGAGGCCGAGGGUGGAUCGUCUGCAAUGGAGGAAUUCAUGGGGACACCGCUCGCCACAUGGGUCAGGACGUUCUCCCCAAAAAACGAGGCGGCGGCGGAGGAGGACACUUUGGCGGAGUACACCAAGCUGGUGGACGGCGUGUUCCUCAACGACAUCAUGCAGCAAAUAGACCCGAGGCCGGACGACCACCGCGUGAACGCGAACGUGAACGGCGACGUGAACGUUCGGAUUGAGAACCUCAGUGUCCUCGUUCGUCACAUCAAGGCCUACUACCAGGACACCCUGCAGCAGCUGAUAAUCAUGAUGCCACCCCACGUGCUGACCCUGGCUCGCGACCCCUUCUCCGAGAAGAGCAUUCUGGAGCUGAAGAAGUUGCUGCUGCUCAUUCUGGGCUGCGCAGUGCAGUGUGAGAAAAAGGAGAAGCACAUCGAGAAAAUUAAGGAACUGGAUAUCAACACCCAGGCGGCGAUCGUCGCACACAUCAAAGAGGUCACGCAGAGCCAGGAGAACAUCCUGGACAUGCAGUGGAUGCAUGUGACGGAGGUGGUGCCCGAGGAUCUGUACACGCUGACGCACGGCAUGGUCUACAACCUGCGCCGGCUCGUCGACGAGCGCGACAAGUUCUCGCAGAUGAUCGUGGAGCUGGCCCAAGAGCGAGACCACCUCCAGCAGCAGCUGCAGCACGGGAAGCUGGGGACGUCUUCACCCAGCGGGCCGGAGCGGGCUCCCUCGCCGUCGGCCCACGUCCGCCUGUCGCCCAUCGACAACCGGCAGCACCUCGCGGUGGAGCUCGCCGACACCAAGGCCAAGUGCCGGCGCGUCCGCCAGGAGCUGGAGGAAAGGACAGAGCAGCUUACCGACUGCAGACACGAGCUUCAGCAAAUGGACCUGGAGCUGAAGCGGUUACGGCAGGAGAACCUGCUGCUGGUGCCGGAGGCGCGGGCGGCGCGGACGUACCGCGACGAGCUGGACGCCAUGCGGGAGCGCGCGGGCCGCGUGGAGCGGCUCGAGAGCGAGGUGGCGCGCUACAAGGAGCGCCUCCACGACGUCGACUUCUACCGCGCGCGCGCCGAGGAGCUGCGCGAAGACAACGGGGUGCUGCUGGAGACGAAGGCGAUGCUCGAGGACCAACUGGAGGUGGCGCACUCGCGCUGUGACAAGCUGCACGAGCUGGAGAAGGAGAACCUGCAGCUGCACUCCAAGAUUCACGACCUGGAGAUGGAACGGGACGCGGACAGGACGAGGCUGGAGGAGCUGGUGGAGGAGAACCUGACGCUGGAGAUGGCGCAGAAGCAGAGCAUGAACGAGUCGGCGCACCUCGGCUGGGAGCUCGAGCAGCUGAGCAAGACGGCUGACCUCGGCGAGACCGGACGGCGGCAGUCGGUGAGCACGGAGGUGAGCGAGGCGACGUCGAGCCGCGUGCUGCGCUUGGAGAAGGAGAACCGAAGCCUCAUGCAGACCGUGCAGGAGCUGCGCGAGGCUGCGAUGGCGGCGGCGUCGGCAGCGGCAGCCACAGUAACCAACGCAACCGCCAGCAACAGCAGCAGCAAGAACACCGCCGCUUCUGGCGCGGCCAGGAUCCCCCCACGGCUGCCGCCCAAGCCGGUCGAGGUGGUGCGGUUGCGUGAGCUGGAGGUGAACAAUCGGCAGCUGAACGACAAGGUGGAGCAGCUGCAGGCGGAACUCCAGAGCGAGCGAAGAAGCCUCAAGGACAUGGAGAGUCUGAGCAACGAGCUCCUGCGCGACAAGGAGCACCUGGAGGGGAGCAUGCGGACCGUGCACGACAACUGCAGGAAGCAGAUGAAGGCGCUGGAGCAAGAGAAAGAGAAGCUGAUGCGGCUGGUAGAGAAAGAAGCUGACGCCGACGACGCUGGCAGCACCUUGGCGGCGGCGCCGGCGGAGCCGGGAGGGGCACGGCUGGCGCGGCUCGAGGCGGAGCGGCGCGAGCAGGCGGAGCGUGCGGACGGCGCCGAGCGGGAGGUGCGACGGCUGCAGCGCGAGCACAGCCAGCUGCAGCGUCGCGGCGCCGGCAGUGCGGAGAGGCUCGCCGCGCUCCAGCAGGCGCACUCCGCCCUCGAGGAGGACAGCCGCAAGCUCCGGAAGACGCUGGAGGGGCUGCAGGGCGUGCGCUCGCAACUCGAGGGCCUGGAGAAGGACAACGCGCAACUGGACGAGGAGAACGCCGCCCUGCGCCACACCGUCGAGUCGCUGAGGUCGGCCGAGGGGCGGCUGGUGCAGGCCGAGCGUGACAACCGCGACCUGGAGCAGGAGAAGGAGACGCUGCGGCGCUCGCUCGAGGGCCUGCGCACUGCCGGGCGCAAGGCCGAGCGGCUCGAGGCCAGCGUGCAGGCCCUCGAGACGGAGAGCCAGCGCACCCAGCGGGCGCUAGAGGCCGCCACCAAGAAGGCCGCGCAGACGGAGUGCGAGCUGCAGGAGAUGGAGCUGGAGAACCAGUCGCUGCAGCGCAGCGUGGAGGAGCUGCGCAUGUCGGCGCGCCGGCUGGAGGUGGCGGAGCAGGCGGCUCGCUCGCUGGAGGCCGAAGUGGCACAGAUCGAGAAGGAGCGCAAGCAGCUGAAGAAGGAGGUGUGGCGGCUGCGCCAGCAGGCGGAGGUGCGCGAGGCCGUGGCGGAGGAGGCGGCGGCACGCAUAGCGGAGCUGGAGGUCGACGGGCGCUCGCUGUCGCGCGAAGUGGCGCGGCUCUCAGAGUCCUGCGCUCGCCUGCGCGACGCCGAGCGGGACAGCAAGGAGCUCCUCAAGGAGGUCACCAUCGGCAAGAAGACGCUGGCGACGCUCAGAGAGGACCUGGUGACCGAGAAGCUGCAGGGUCAGCAGCUGAGCAACGAGCUGGACAAGCUGAGCAACGAGCUGGAGAAGAUAGGCCUCAACAAGGAGCGGCUGCUACAGGACGCACACAGCAAUGACGAUACGAAGUACAAGAUCCUGGAGUCGAGGAUCGAGUCGACGCUCAAGAAGACGCUGGAGCUGCGGGAGGAGAAGAUCUCGGCGCUGGAGUCGCGCCUCGAGGAGUCCUCCAACCUCAACCAGCAGCUGCGGCAGGAGCUCAAAACGGUGAAGAAGAACUACGAGGCUCUGAAGCAGCGGGAGGAGGAGGAGCGCAAGAGCGGCGGCGGCGGCGGCGUCAGUCCCCUGCCGGGCCGGCGCGCCGACGCGCUCGCCGUGAGCCAGACGCAGAGCGAGUCGCGCGAAGCCACACGAGAACUGCUGCGCGUCAAGGACCGGCUUAUCGAGAUCGAGAGGAACAAUGCGACGCUACAGGCAGAAAAGCAGGCACUGAAGGCGCAGUACAAGCAGCUGGAGUCGCAGAACAACCACCUGCAGACGCAGAUCCUGGCUCUGCAGAAGCAGGCCGUGUCGCUGCAGGAGCACAACACCGCGCUGCAGACGCAGAACGCCAAGCUGCAGGUAGAGAACUCGGCCGUGAGCUCGCAGAGCGCCUCACUCAUGGCGCAGAACGCGUCGCAGCAGGGCCAGCAGGCGGCACUGGAGGCCGAGGCGGAGGAGCUGGCGCGCUCGCGGGAGCAGCUGCACGCCACCUACGAGGCGCUGAGCCGCGACCACGAGCGCCUCGUGGGCCUGCACGAGCGCCAGGCCGCCGACUACGAGGCGCUCAUCGGCAAGCACGGCCACCUCAAGAGCGCGCACCGCGCCACGGAGCUGCAGCACAAAGAGCUGGAGGACAGGUACAACACGCUGCUGAAGCAGAAGGUGCAGCUGCAGGAGCUGGAGGGCGUGCUGCGUGCCGAGCAGGACAAGCUGGCGCAGGAUGCCAGCAAGUACGAGUCCAUCGCCAGCGACUACCACCGCCUGCGCGACGAGAACGACAGGCUGAACUUGACCUACAGCCACCUCAUGAAGGAGCACGAGGGGCUCCAGGUGGAUCACAAAGCGAUCAAGAGUCAACUCAACGGGAGCCGCCUGGAGCAGGCACGGCUCGAGGCCGAGUACUCCGAGCUUCGCGAGCACUGCCAGCAGCUGGACGUCACCUCGGCUAAGCUGAGCAACCAGUGCGAGCUUCUGUCGCAGCUCAAGGGCAACCUGGAGGAGGAGAACCGGCACCUCCUGGACCAGAUCCAUAGGCUCAUGGAGAGCAAGGAGCAGUACCACUCUGUGCAGAUGCAGUACAUAGACAAACUGAACGAGCUGCGGAGGCAGAAGGAGAGGCUGGAAGAGAAGAUCAUGGACCAGUACCGCUUCUACAGCCUCUCGCCACCGCGACGGAAAAGCAACUGGAUCGCGGCGAAGAUGAAGAAGCUGAUCCGGCCGAAGAAGGAGGGCGGUAGCGGCGGCGGCACCGGCGCCGGCAGCAGCACAACCGUGGGUCGGGAGCAGCUGCGCUGCAGUGUGGAGGGGGCGCUGGGCGACGGCCUCCCCGGGGACAGCCAGGACAGCUCGUCCGUCGGCUCCAACUCGCUGGACGAGAUCGGAGCUCACGGCGCCCACGCUGUCACCGUCACCCGCAAGAGCAGCACGAGCACACUCAAACGGCUGCUGCGGAGCAGAGCCAAGGACAGGGACGAGCGGAAGGCGUUGCACCGGCGAUCCAUGUCGAUGAACGACCUGGUCCAGAGCAUCGGCUACUCCCUCUCAAAACUGGGUGGCGUCAGCGGCGACGGCAGUGGUGGUGGCGGAGGUGGCGGCGGUGGCGGCGGCGGUGUCAGCGGUGGUGGUGGUGGUGGCGGCGGCAGCGGCGGCGGCGUCGUUAACAUUUCCAGCAGCUCCAAGACCCUGGAAAGGCAGCAGCAGCAGCAGCAGCCGGCAGGAUUGAUGCAACAACAGAAGCAGCAACGUGCAGGCAGCAUGGACGCGCUGGACGGGCCGGACGAGGGCCUCUCUCGGCACCGCCGGCGCGACCUCGGCUGCAUGGCCUUCUCCACGUCAGCCGUCAACAUGGUGGCCAGCACCUCCACGCCGACCCUCCUCCUUGCGCGCCGCCGCCCAAAGGGGAAGAUGCCAGUGAGUUCGUCGUGCGAGGAUUCGGCGUUGCCCAGUCCCCAGGAGCUGCAUUCGUCCACACCAAUGUCCAGCGCGACAUACGGCGGAGCGUGGGAGAUGGAACCCGCGGGGGACGCGGGGGCCUCCGUGUGCGCCGCACCGUGCCACUCCUGCUCCUCCGGAUCCUCAAGCAUAGACAGCAACCGCCGGGACAGUAGCAAUAGCAAUAACAACGCCAGCACGCGGGCCAGCAGAGUUAAUGGCGCGCCGGACAGCCCGGCGAGCGAGGAGCCGGUGUCGCCCAGGACGCCGGGGACCCCGGCGCCGCCCAUUUCCACGCAGGUGGCGCCCUCGGCGCCGCCCGUGCCCGGCUUGCGGCACAAGCCAGGGAUCGGGUCGCCGGGCAGCGAGCUCAUGACCCUCGAGCAGUUCCUGGAGGAGAGCAACCGCCUGUCGCCGACGUGCCUGCGCAAGGUCGUCAGCGAGGAGAACAUCCUGGACGGGCGGGAGGAGCGGCCGGCGGCGGGCGAGGCGCAGGACCGGCGCCAUCAGCGCGAGCGCGUCGGCUUCGCCGCUCGGGACGGCGUCCGCCCGCCCAGGCCCGGGCAGUACGUGCGGCCCAGCCCCCGCAACGGCAGCGCCGCGGACGGCGCCAGCGGCGACGCGUCGGGACCGGGCCUCGACGGCCAGCGCCGGGCGCUGUCCGUGGCCGAGCGGCUCGACCGGCUGCAGCAGCAGCAGCAGCAGCCGCGAUCGUCGGAUCCCGACGGGUACCUGCACGGGAGCAGCACGCUGCCACGCAAGGGACUCUCCGUCCGGGACCGCCCGCCGCUCGCUGACGACCGGGGGGCCUCGCCGGCACGCGCCGCCUGCCGCGGCGAGGACGCCGGGACGCCCGGCGGGGCCGUGGCAUCGCCGCCGCCGCGUCCCGGCUUGCCGGCCGGCGGGGUGGCGCGCUCGCCCUCGUGCAGUGUGCAGGAGCUGAUGCAGCACGACCGGCGGCGACCCGUGUCGGUGGACGUCUCGCCCGUCGGCGACAAGGUGGCCUGCGCAACCGCCGCCCCGCUGGGUUCCCAGAAUUCACAGCUUGCCGCAGAGCGGGAGGCGGUGGAGGCGGUGACGGCGACGACGGCGACGGCGACGGCGGUGCGCGUGCACCAGCAGGAGACGCACCCUCGGCUGGAGCGGCCGCAGUCGUUUAAAGUCACGGCCGCGACGGCGAAGUCGUUAACGCCCGAGUACCCCUGCCGGCCGGUCGACACACGCCGCUUCUCGUUCGCCCCGGCUAAGGAGGAGGGUGGGGGCGGCGGCGGCGGUGGCGGCGGUGGCGGCGCCACAGCCCGGUGGUGCGUACCGGGGACGGGAGGCAGCGUCAGGAAAUCGGCUACGGCCACGCAGAUCGGAUCGCCGCCGGGCAGCGGCGCGGCGAAGGAGAUGGUGGUGACGCAGGUGCAGCUGUCGGUGGCGCCGCCAUCGGGCAGCCUCAUCCGGCUGCAGCGGCCCGCGCCGAGACCCAGCGACAUCGCCAUGGUGACGCCGGUGGUGGCGGUGGGGCCGGCGUCGGGGUCGCAGGACGACGCUGAGCAACAACAGCAGCAGGCGGUGGCGCCGGUCGCCGUGACGGGCACGGACACGGUGGACGCGAGCGCCGUUACGCCGCCACCGCCCAAGGACGGCGCUCAGACGCCGCCCCAGGCCACCUCCACCCCAACGGACAAGCAGACCGUGUGGUACGAGUACGGCUGUGUGUGAAGGGUAGGGGGCGGCGAACCAGAAGAUUUUAGGAGGUGGGGGGGGCGGCAGUGGUGGGGAUGCCUGAAACUUAACUCGACUUCGCUAGAGCCUGCCCACCACCACCACCACCAUCCCACCUCCUGAAAUCACGCCUUCCCAGCACGAUGCGAUUGAGCAGAGCGAAACGAUUUUUUGACUCUGGUCCGCUCGUGUUUUUCCAAAGCCGGAGGGAGGAGAGGCGCCCGUGGCUGGAUUGACUUAACCGAGGGUUCGCGGUGCAUUCCCGUCGGUCCCUUGCAGGACAAACCUGACGGACAACCCUGAUGAAUCAAACCCCUUUGCAUGAGAAUUCACAAACCCCCACCCCCUGCUUACACUACAGACGGACGGGCAGCAGCACGGCAGUCAGGGAAGACUGGCGACGGACGGCAAGAGGAACCCUUCAUCUCGUUCUGAAUCGCGACCUAUAUCUUUACGGCGUUGCGUUCUUUUGUUAAAGUUUUGCCUUUCCUUGACUUUGUAUUUUUCUCGUCUUUAUCCGUGGCCAUCACCAAAAUGUAGAGCGUUGAAUUGAAGAGAACGAUGGGAGUCCAAAUUUAAAACCAAGGAUCUUGUUUUCGUGUCACGUAGGUUGUAGCCGCGAGUGUAAAGAAUGCCAAGCAAUAAUGUGUGUACGACAGGGAGGGGCGCGAGGGAUUUUACCCCCGGACGUUAGCCCCUCCGUGUCCGUAGUUUACAAGCAAUGCGUGAUUGUAAAGGGAGAGCAUUGCUUAACGCUUCCAAUCCUCAGUCGUUUCGUUUUCCGAGUGCGGUCGUUUAAAUCUUCUUCAACGCCAACGACAAAAUACGGUUUGAAGCGCGCGGGCGGGCCUGUCCGUUGCAUUGGCUCAGUGACAAUUAAACAUAGAAAUAUUUACCCGGGGGAGCCCUUGAGGAGUCUCGCCACCAAGUUUUAGGAGGUGCAACCACACCUAUUGAAUCGAGAAACGUUCCAUUUCAUCGAGACCUAUCAACUCGAGAGAUCACAACCUUACCCCGUCAUAGAGCCCUGUUUGUUGACCACCACCCUCCAUUCACUUGAAUGGAUAUCCGAUGGUUAAAUUAAACCCCCGUCAACUUUCAUACACGUCCAUUUAAUUCAAGCGGUCGCCAUUCGCUUGAACUGAGCCUCCUUCACCUACGUCACCCGCGCGGCAGUGGGACACUGCUUGUCGAACGCACAGACGCUCAUCGGGAGCCCGCGUUGCGUGUUGUGAUGGCGGCAGUGAAAUGAUGCGGCGAACGCCAAAUGCGUCGCUUGGUAGAUCUCUGCACGGGCGCGGCGAUUCUUUCACAUGCCUGUCAAUCCCUUAUCAGUGCCUACCUUAUUACAGACCAAGCCAGACCUUAUUCGUCACCCCGUGCUCCUUAUGAAUCUCAACGUUCAUCCUACAAAGUCCCAUCACAAGGGAGAAACACAAAGAGACACUUUUUUUAAAAUUAUGUUUGCCCGUAUUGUACGCCGCAUGAACUUGAAAACUAAAUUUCCCUGUACACGAAUACGGGUAAACCGUAUGGGUUUACAGGUAUGCUUUCGCUCGACCAAAUAUGAAGAGGUAACUGUCCUGGGGGGGGGGGGGGGGGGGGGGGGGUGAAGGGGGGGUGAAGGGGGGGGAGUCCCUUCACCGAGCAGCGGUUAGAGAUUUCGACGAUGACUUUUCUCAAGGGUACUAUUGCAUGUAAAUGGGGACUGCGACGUCGCUCUUACUCUUGCGGACUCAAGUUAGCUGGCGGCGAGGUCACGCGUCGUCAGAUAAUCGCCCGCGGCGCCGUGAGCUCAACGGGUCGCGUGAAGCCGCCCCCCUCGGCCCACCGUAGGCGCUCCUCGCCGCGCGUGGUCUCCGCCGCCGGCCGCGAGGCCCCUUGGUGUAGUUCGCCGCCUCGUGCGUAACGGCGCGCAAGGUCUGAGACUGGGCUGUCGUUUUAAUUGGGCCCCUUUUUAUCGACGGUAGGUUUUUUUGAGUUAUUUUUAGUUAGUUCGUUUUCAUUGUUAUUUUUCGUAGAGUUUCGUUGGGUAGCCUGUAGCACGUUAUUUAAUUAACGUCAGAUUUUUAUUUAAAGACUUCAUUCGGUCGGAACGGAGCCCCGAAUUUUAUACGAAUAUACAUGCGAGACUCCUUUUACCUGUGACGGGCGGGCAAAUGUGGGAGAACGGAGGUGACAGAUAAGAGAGGAUUUGCACGAGAGAAAGAGGGUGGUGGAUAAAGGCGAGGUUCACAUUUUAUUUGCUGCAAUCUACACUACACGAAUACGGCGACGAUCGAGGACUCGGCUCACAGAGAAAUUAUUCCAUAAGGACUCCUCCCGUGCGUUUACGGGUUGCACCGCAAGCUCCGGUUCACGGAGAAGCUCCCCGGCGCGUGGCGCGAAACGUCGGGACUUCGUGCUGAACAACGCGCGGUACGCCCCAAAUACGGCGUCGGGGGGAGGUGUUGGGCGCAGCCGCGAACGCCGACGCAGCGGCGAUGAACUCCACAGUCGGUUGUCAUUGGUGAGUCAUCUGCCGAGCUCACGCCAUCUCAAGGCUGUUCUCACGAGGGUUUCUGCAUUUAGGUGUUUGGCAAAUGUCUUUACCGAGUAGUUUUUGUUUUUCUUCUGUUCGCUAAGUUGAGGGAAGACCACGACAGUGCCCGGAGAAAACCCACACGUGUGAGGCGUGUGACGCCUUUUGUAAGACAAUUGUACGUAUUUUUCGUGAACAACCUACUUUUGCCGUACUCCAUUGCCUUCCGCAGGGGCCUGCCUGUCACCCCUGCGCGGGUUGUAGGGUUUACGCGUCGCACACAACCAAGUGCGCAUACACCAAACCGCUGCCUCCAGGUCACUUGUGAUUGCGGUUUAUAAUCGUGGGCACCACUGCCCUUCCCCAGUGGGCGCAUCGUGUUUGGCAUCGGCGUCGGUGCUCGGAAUAAAAUGAGGUUCCCCCACCCCCUGUCCAUUUUUCCCUCUUUCGUAGCCUGGCGCCUUGGUGCAGGCGCACCGCCUACACGCUCGAUCGCUCCGCCACCUGGCCACCGCCAAACUCCACAAUCUGAAUACGACUUGAGCUAGCGGUUGAUGAUGAAUUGGACGAUUGGUUUUAUGCAGCCGACAACGCUUCCACGAGUUGCCGCUCAACCCGGGUUUAACAGCUCUCUUGUUACUGCUUGUCCUUGCACUAUGUAAGUUAGCAACCGUGGGGUUUUUUUUAAUCUGUGGAAUUCGUUUUUUUUACUACUAUAAUACUCCGUGUUGCCUGUCUGUCUGCAGCAGCAGAAUCGACCUAACCCCCGUGUCCCGCCACUUCCGUGCGACGUGACGUCGGCUGUCAGACACCCCCGCGUGUCAUAAAGCUGUGUUUUUCUCAAAUUCGACACCGUGGUUUUUUUUACCGACGUUUUUUUUUCUACAAACUCCGCCUUUGUUUUCCAAUUUAAGUUAUAUUUGACGUUCACUUUCUUGAGACUGCUUUCCCAGCUGUUUUGAGAUCGUGGCGAUACGUAUUCCACCCUGUGCUAUCUCACAGAUUAUUGACCGUCUUGCCUGAUGUCGAUGUUUAAAGUUGUACGUCGGCGUGUCGUGUCAUUAUCAUUGCUGUUAUCAUUAUUAUUAAAAAGAGGCCGAGUCUGGA